AUGGACUAUCUGGAUGCCCUAUCGGAUAAUGACUUGAAACCCCCGGAGAAUGCUGGAGGUCUUCCUAGAUGGAAGAACCAAGACGCUGGAGACAGCAAGUCGCUGGAGGCAGCCAAACUUCUGGACAAGAUGCUGAGUGACCUCGAGAGACGUCGUGAGAUGAAACGAAAGGCUGUGCUGAAGACUGAGUUUCCUGGAGAAAGCAGUGGCUCAUUGGCAGCCUCUGCUGCAGGAAGGGAGGCCAUGCCAGGCACAGACCCAGGAGGUGAGGGUGCUGGGUUAGGUUCUCCAGCAGCUGGGAUGGAAGGUGGUUUGGAACCCUUGGGAGCUUCUGCAGGUGUGUCUGCAGGAAAGACUUUUCAAGCUCCAGGGCUGGUUGCUCCACACAAGCCCAGCUCCCAUCACAGGGGUCCUCUGAGAUGGAGGAAAAAACUUACAAAACAAAGUAAGUCCCUGGAGGAAUCCAAACAAGCAGACCAAAUCUUGACUGGACUGGAGAUACAACGUGACGUGGACCAAAAAGCUUUACAGAAGGCAGCACUUCCUGGAGGAAGCGAUGGCUCAGUGCCAGCCACCGAUGCACAAAAGGAGGAGAUGCCAGACAGUGCCACAGAAGAUGUUAUCAAUGAAACAGGAAUAUAUGCCCCGGAUCCAGUGCGCUUCCCAAGAAUUGUCUGCCCUGAGGAUGUGCGCAGGACCUGCAUGAUAGGCACGGUGGUGACAGUGAUCACUGUGCCACUUGUUCUGAUAGGCUGCUAUCUUGGCAUUCGCAAGCUGUACGAGCUCAGACGGUCAGUUGUUGAUUUUUCUUCACAGUUUUCUUAUAACUCUACUCCUGGCAUUGGUAGCCUGACUGGGAAUCAUGCUGCAGUGAAGCUGCGGCCAGUCCAUGGUUGUCCAAAUAUCUCUGCUGAGCUGAACCUGCUGGUGAAGGUGGUGCAGCUUCCCAACCCACGUCCAUGGCUGAGCCUCUGGGAGAUGGUGAGGGGAGGGUAA